AUGGCCUCCACCAAAGCUCGCCAACCUCGGCUCCGAGCCUCAUGCGAUGGAUGUUUUUUGGCGAAGGUUAAGUGCUCGAAGGCUCGACCCAUAUGUUCCCGUUGCCUAGCCUGUGGUAUCGAGUGUCGGUACUCGCCUUCGAGCCGGGCAGGCAAGCCCAAGUCUGAUCAUAGCGGAGGCGCCCAUGCGAAUGCUCCUCAGGACAUGCAGCAAAUGCAUCAUGGCUUAAUAGAAGACAAGAACAUGUCAUAUUCUACAACACAUCAAACUCCAUCUGAACACAUUUUCAGUUUCGAGCCGGGAUGGACUACACCGCCUACCAGUGUUGAUGGUAACAUAAGUCGAAAUCCUUCAAUAUCAACAGGUCUUUCUUUACUCGGAGUUGAAGACAGAACCAUGGGUGAACAUGACCCAAUGUCAGCUCCGCCUGAAAUGUAUUCUUCCGCAAUGCCUUGGACUCCACCUACAGACCUUUCGUGUGCCACUUUCAGCGAUAUUCCCGUCACGACUGGCCCUAUGGCCAGUACUCAGAUGCGAUCUCAGUCGUUCGAUUUAUCUAUGUCAACGCCGAUAGCGUGGACCGAUCCAGUCACACAAGAUAUGAUCUCAUACAACCAGGUGCAGACUCCGACGAGCAUGUCUUCUAAUUAUUUCCCCAGUCCAACAACAACACCCACGAUGAGACCAGUUGGUCCACGUCAUAGAUCACCAUCGUCCACCAUGAGCGGAGGUUCCUGUACCUGCUUUACAGCCUGCCUACAAUCACUUCAAGCAUUGCAUAACGCUUCUGCUCCAGCAGUGCCACCCUUUGACUUUAUCUUGUCUCUUAAUCGAAGAGCUGUUGAAGGAUGCGCGGCCAUGCUGUCUUGCAACAGGUGCAUGAGUCGAUCCGGCACACACACCGCUACCAUGUUGCUUGUCACCGUGAUUAGUAAAAUCACGUCAUUCUAUAAAACUGCUUCUAACUCGUAUUUCGAUGCUGGCAGCAUGGGUAUGACUCAGAGCAAUUUAGGAAAUAAUGUGGGAGUCAGCUUUGGCGUGUAUCAGCUCAAUGGCGAGGAUGGAAAAUGGCUCGAGCUUGAAAUACUAGCUAGGGAGCUCCGUAAAUUGGAGGAGGUCUACUCCAGAUUCCGAGAUGUGGUCUAUACUGAUUAUUCCGACAUCCCCGAAGUUACCAAGGCUAUGAUCGGUUAUCUCGGUCAGAACCUUGACUCUACACUCGAAGUUAUCAGUCAUAGAAAGGGUGAUAUGCCCUUUAUCGCCUAA